CUCUGUCCCUGGAGGGGUGUGUGCGCGUGUGUGUGCGCGCGCGGUAGACGACUUGCAAGCAAGGAAAUCGAACAGCAACUCGUUUCCACUUCUAGCAUAUUCUGACAUGAGCCCGACGCGUUGUCUGCUGCGCCUGCUGUGAGCAGCACGUCCACUUUGCCGUCACUCCAAACGGACAGCGGCCACCGAAAAGCCGGAGCCGGAAAUUGAUGCUUGUCGGCCCGCGUUGCUGUUUGUUUUUGCCCUGUGUAGCUUGAAAAGGAAUCCUGCAAGAGGGAUUUGCGGUCCGUCAAUGAGGAACUACCGGCUCAUCUUUUGCCACAACCUGAAGCAGCCAUAGGUGAUUCAGUGGUUCACUGGCCAGGGGAGGAGAGCAUAGGACACACUUUCACUGCUACACGACGUGAGGUCUUGGCGGGGUUGUGGUGAGGAGGAGGAGGAGACCAUGAGGAAGAGCGUGUCUCCGUUGCCUGGCAACGAAGGCGGGGGCUCACCCGGCCCCACGCGGGUUUUCGGCGUCCCACUGGAGGAGGUGACGCGCACGCACACACUCAGCGGCCACGAGGUUCCUGCAUUAGUAAAAGACAUCGUUGACUACAUUGAGGAGCAUGGUCAUCUGGACUUUGAGGGUCUCUUCCUAGUUAACGGCAACGCAGAGCGGGUGGGUUGGCUGCGGCAGCGCUACGACAGCGGCGCGGAGGUGGAGCUGGACAAGGAGGCGGACUUGGCGUCUGCGAUCAGUCUGCUCCGACUCUUCCUGCAGGAGCUCCCCGAGCCUGUUAUACCACUGGCCAUCCAGGGGCACAUACUACAACUGCAUCAAGAAUACAGCAGCGAGGAGGAGCUGUGCAGAAAUCUGAAGUUCCUGCUGCAGCAGCUUCCACAGCUGAACUACGGCCUGCUGCGCUUCCUGUGCCGCUUCCUGGCUAGCGUGGCGUCGCUUCAGCAAGAGAGCUGGAACAUUGGAGCGCUCGCUGCUGUCUUUGGCCCCGACAUCUUCCAUCUGUCAACGGAAGGCGAGGACCUUCGUGACCAGGAGUCCAUCAGCCGAGUGCUGGCAGAGCUGCUGGACAACCAGGAGGGCCUGUUUGACUCUGAGGACGAUGACGUCUCCACCACCAACGACUACAGCUCCAUCAACGAACAGAUCACAGAGUUGUUGGAUGACGACAAGUGUGAGGCGGAGUGCGAAGAGCUGCCUCAGGAUGGUGACGAGGGUCCCGCCUCUUCAAACUCACCGCAACGCACACACACAGAUAACCCUGCGGACAGCUCCCAUCUCUCCCCUGUGCCCAUGCUGCCUGCUGACUCUGCAGAGAUCAUUGAACGAACCAUCAGGGCCGCAGUGGAGCAACAUUUUUUUGACCUGAAGACCUCCAUUGACCAAGACCUCAGCGACUUUGCCAGCCAAGGCGAGCCAGCGGAUCCUGGUCACCAUGGUGAUCGGGAGCAAAAGAACAACACACAGAAUGCACUGGGGCCCUUGGGCGCCGUGGAGGAGGGUUCAGGAAUGGAGCUGGACACUGGCCGAGAUUCUGAGAACAACAUCAACACUGCCAGGCAGAACAAUCAGCUGUGUGACAACACAAGUUGUGACUCAUGCGACCAGAACGCCAACACCAGCCAAACAGCAAACAGUGACCACACCCCCAACAUUCAGCUCUUCCCCGACAGCCAAUGGGACGCGCCACCUCCUCCUCAUCUCCACCUCCCUCCCAUAGACUUCUCAUGUAUGCACCUGCAGAAGGAAGGCCAAGAUCCAGUUCCUGCCUUCAAGUCCUGGCAGGACGACAGCGAAAGUGGCGAGGCACAGCUCUCCCCUCUGGCGGGUCGCAUGGUCCCCCUUCCUCUGCUGCCCCUAGAAGAGGACGGGGAGGGGGACGAGGGCGAGGGCAGGCAGGACGCUUCUCCGUCGUCCUCCCGCUCUCACCCGCACGUCCUGGCGCGGCGCUUCCUCGACUUCAGUGUGCACGGCGCCCAGCGCUUCCUCCAGCAGGACGCAGAUGCCACCUCGCCCACCAAAGCGCACAGGCCAAGGCGAGUGUCGUUCGGCUCAAAGGAGGCGAUGAGGGGAGGAGAUUCAGUGACUCACCAGCUCACCAAGAAGCUUCAGCACCUGAAGAAGAAGAUCAAACAGUUUGAGGAGCAGUUUGAGAAGGAAAAGAACUACAAGCCGUCUCACGGGGACAAGGCCGCUAACACCAAAGUCCUCAAAUGGAUGACUGACCUCACCAAGAUCCGCCGGCAGAUUAAAGGACGCCAGCACCAUCUUUUCCCCAGAAGCACGCUGAGGCACCAGGCUUUGCUCCAUUCACACAGGCGCCACCAUGCCCCGCCCCCAUCCUCCCCCUCCCAUUGCGCACACGCCCCCUUGGCCCAUCCCCACUCGGGCCUGAGCUCGAGAGCGUGUCACCUCAACGCCAAACACCGCGCCGAGAGCGAGCUCGGCCCCCUGACUCGUCCUCGCAGCAACACGCUGCCCAAGAGCUUUGGCUCCACCCUGGACCAGGGAGCCCACGAGGCGUCGGCGGGCGAGGUGAAAGGUCAGCACCCCAGCAGGGAGGAGACCCUGGAGCUGAUCCAGCGCAGGGUGACGGGCAAACGGCGGGAGGACGGCUGGCCUGACGACAUCAAGAAGAUGACCAAAGAGCAGCUGUCCUGUGAGAAGACGGUCCUGCAAAAGAACCUGCUGCACUACGAAGGCCUGCACGGCCGACCGGUGACUCAAGAGGAGCGUCUGGUGGUGAAGCCUCUCUACGAGCGCUACCGGCUUGUCAAACAGAUGCUGACCAGAGUCACCAUCACACCCGCCACUGUGUCUCCUUCCAGCAAGAGGCGAAGUCAAACCCUCCAGCCGAUCAUCGAGGGCGAGACGGCCCACUUCUGGGAGGAGAUCAAAGAGGAGGAGGAUGAGUGCAAGGGAAGGCGGGAAGGAGAUGCCAAGGACGAGGAGGAGGCAGAGAAAGACGAGGACGAAGAGGAGGAGGAGGAGGAGGAAGAAGAGGAAGAGGAAGGCGAGAGCAGUGGCGGGGAGAUGCAAAGUUCAGAGGUCAUCAUGGCCAUGGAUCCCCACGCCCCCCCUGGAGGGACAAUCAGCAGCAAGAUGGAGGAAGGCUCAGGGAAGCUCGCGCUCGACCUGCGACUGUCCACGUCCAACACCUCGUCCAUGCCAGAGCUGCUGGAACAGCUGUGGAAAGCCAGAGCAGAGAAGAAGAAACUGAGGAAGACCAUUCGAGACUUCGAGGAAGAUUUCUAUCAGCAUAACGGCAGGAACGUCCAGAAGGAGGACCGCGAGCCCAUGAUGGACGAGUACAGAGCCUACAAGAGGGUCAAGGCCAAGCUCCGCCUCCUGGAGGUCCUAAUCAGCAAGCAAGAUUCAUCCAAGUCCAUCUAGAAGACACACAGCUAACCAUGUGACAGGAAGUGUCCACGUGUUGCUGCCUUCGAGUCAUCACAAAGAUUUGCCAAACUGUCUGAAAGAGCAGCAAUGGUGUGACUCGAAGGGAGCACACACACGCACGCCGUUUGAUUGACAGCACCCUCGGCCAGUCACUGCCCGCGUAGCAUCCAGUCCGCACGACUCCUCACCCGGCGUCAAAGAGAUCCGAUUUGGUCAUCGCUCUUGACGUCAGGUGACCUUUUAUCCUCGGUUUUAACGUUUGAAGGUCACGCGCGCACGUCCUCUGGGGUCGGCAUUUGUCGCAAAGAAGACAAAAGCGCAACUCACUCAGCGGCUCCCCCUGGUAGUCCACUGUGCAAGCGUCACCGUCGUGUGGUCGUUUCCUGCUGGCAGGUCACGUGAGUCCGACAGUCCUGCUCAUUUGAAAGUGGAGAGCUUUGUCAAGGAAAAGAAAUGUUAUUUGCACAGCAUUCCCUGAAUGCAGCCCUGUUGUGUUUUUUGUCUUCUCAAAAUGAAGCACUACUUCUUUACAAAUAUAAAUAUGAAUAAAUAUAUGUUCUGUAUAAACAAACAUCUGAAGGAUGAAUGUCAGAAAUGUUUAAAUUAUUUCACGUGUGCCCCCCCCCCCCCUCCCUUUUUUUGCCUCCUGAUAUUUUCUCACCCUGGGAUUGUUUUUUCUAUGACGAUGAUCAGCUGUCACAACCAUGAAUUACCGUAGUGUGUGAAAACAAUGACUUGUUUCUAGUCACUAACUGUACAAAGCAGAUGUAGACGUUUAGUGUGUGAUCCUGCUCGUCCUCUGUGAUGGAAAAAAAAAUAACAAAAAAAAGGCUUGCAUGUUACAGCAUAGCAACAAUUACACAAUGUAUUCUAUUAUUUGUGCCAUAAAAAGAAGCAGCAAUAAAAGUUUGUGUGGACGAUC